AUGGGGCUCACGCACCACGUGUCGCGCGCGCUCGAUCACGGCACCAUCGCCGACCUCCUCGACCCGGCCAUCCACGACUGGCCCGUCGAGGAGGCGCGGUGCUUCGCGGAGAUCUCGCUGCGAUGCUGCGAGCUCCGGCGCAAGGACCGGCCCGACCUCGCCACGGGCGUGCUCCCGGAGCUCAACCGGCUGCGCACGCUCGCCGAGGACAACAUGCAGUUCUGCAACACCAUGGGCAUGGGCGGCGGCUUCCACGGCGGCGGCAUGAGCAGCUCCCCCUACAUCAGCAACACCGCCAUGACGGCGCAAUCACGGCCCGAUGGAAUCGGCGAUCCGUUCGGGAGACCGCAGUACAGCGGGAACGCGAGCCAACCGAGCGUGCCAUUUAGAAGGUCCAACUACAACUGAAGCUGCAUUCCAUUGCUGCGAGCUUCUGACAGCGGUAGGCCUAUAUAUGAUAGAGCAAAGGAAUUAAUCGGAACACUAAUUCAUUCUCCACACAGAACCAGAUCAUAUUACAUGUCACCAUCGUCAUGCGCUUGCUGUUCUGAGCUUGUAACAUGCAUUCGUGUAACCCUGUGUAAAGCGUAGUAGUAAGUAGUGUUGAUCUCUUGGUUCAGCUCUUUGUAAACGACCCUGAAACUCUUGUUAACUGCUUCUUGUACAA